GCAAGGUGCCAAUCUCCAUUGCAGGGCAAGAAACUCCAUGCCCAAAUUGUAAAGAACGGCCAAGACAAAUGUGCUCCCCCCAUCUACUCCAAUGGUCUCAUCGACAUGUACGGCAAAUGCCACCUACUGAAAGACGCCCGCCAGGUGUUCGACGAAAUGCCCCAAAGGGACUUAGCCUCGUGGGCUUCCCUUUUCACCGCCCACAACCUCGCUGGCCUCCCCCUAUCCACUCUCUCCAUCUUCCCAAACAUGUCGCGCCUCGACGGCUUUCAACCUGACCACUUUGUUUUCGCCAGCCUCGUCAAGGCUUGCGCUGACCUUAGUGCCCUAAGAGUGGGAAAACAGGCUCACGGGCAGUUCAUCGUGUCACCCUUUUCGCACGAUGAUGUCGUGAAGUCUUCCCUUGUCGACAUGUACACCAAAUGUGGGGCCCUUGGUCACGCCCGAAAGGUUUUCGACUCUAUCUUCCACAGGAAUCCGAUUUCGUCUGUUGCUAUGAUUUCUGGGUAUGCGCGGAAUGGGAUGAAGCCUGAAGCCAUGGAACUUUUUCGCUCUUCUCAGGUGAAAACCAUAUCCACAUGGACUGCAUUAAUAUCUGGAAUGGUGCAAAGUGGGGAAUUUUUCGACGCGUUUAGCCUUUUUAUCGAAAUGAGAAAAGAAGGUGUUGAUAUUUCAGACCCAUAUGUUCUUUCCAGCAUCAUUGGAGCUUCUUCCAGUCUUGCAGCUCUGGACCUCGGCAAACAGAUCCAUUGUUUGGUCAUCAUUUUUGGUUACAAACCCAACCUCUUUGUCAGUAACUCACUGGUGGACAUGUAUUCCAAGUGCUCCGAUGUGCUGGCAUCGAAAACCGUGUUCGAUGACAUGGCAAUUAGAGACGUCGUCUCAUGGACAUCGAUCAUUGUUGGCAUGGCACAACAUGGGAAAGCAAACGAUGCUUUGUCGCUGUAUGACGAAAUGGUCUCAGAGGGGUUCAAGCCAAAUGAAGUCACUUUCACGGGACUAAUCUCUGCGUGUAGCCACUAUGGCUUGGUAGAGAGAGGCCGCGGCCUUUUCAAGUCCAUGACUGAGGAUUAUAGUCUGAACCCAUCUCUGCAGCACUAUACGUGUCUGUUGGAUCUAUUGAGCAGGUCUGGGCUUCUUGAUGAGGCUGAAAACCUGCUCGAAACGAUGCCAUUUGAACCGGACGAAGCUGCUUGGGUGGCACUCUUGAGCGCCUGCAAAAGGCACGGGGCUGCUGAGAUGGGGAUGAGGGUUGCGAACCGUGUCAUGAGUGUGGGGCCCACCGAGGCAUCGACGUGUGUCUUGCUGUCUUCGGUUUAUGCGGGCGCGGGCAUGUGGGGGAAUGUGUCUAAACUGAGGGGACUGAUGGCCAGUUUGGAGGUUAAGAAAGAGCCUGCUUAUAGCUGUGUUGGUUUGAGUGGGGAAUGUGAUGUCAAGUCUUCUUGUGUAUAGUUUCUAGAAAACAACCCAAUUUUCUUUGUUUUGUUUUAAGGGCCUUGAAAUUAUUUUUUCUUUAUUAUUUUUGUAUUUUGGAUGUGAUUCUUUUGAUGUCAAACUACUUGUGAAACAAAAGUUGGACGUGAGGAUGAAAUUAUAUUGAAUAAUGCUAAGGUGCCACC